AUGGCGAUGAUCCGCCACCGCCUAGCGACGUUCACUCGACGCUUAUGUUCCUCCUACUCCACCACAAAAAUCCCCACACUCUACACCACCGACACCCCCGACUCAACAACAAUCCAACUCCUCUCUUGGGGCAAAGGCGCCUCAGGCCAACUCGGUGGCGGCGUUGAAGAAACUCGUCUCUACCCUUCUCCAGUCACCAAUCUACUUCUCCCAAAAUCCUCUUUCACCCUUUUCGAAACCCCCGGGCUUCUACCCAGGCCUGAGAAGACUAAUAAAGGUGUGGAAAUGGGUAUCUCGUGUGGGCUUUUUCAUUCUUGUUUGGUUGUUGAUGGAGCCCUUUGGGUUUGGGGGAAAGGGGAUGGUGGAAGAUUAGGGUUAGGUCAUGAAAAUUCAUUGUUUGUUCCUACUUUGAAUCCUCACCUUGAUAAUGUUCGGUCUGUUGCUCUUGGUGGGUUGCAUUCCGUUGCGCUUACUUCUGCUGGUGAAGUUUUCACAUGGGGUUAUGGUGGUUUCGGUGCACUUGGACACUCGGUAUAUCAUAGGGAGCUAUUCCCUAAGUUGGUAAAAGGAUCCUGGGAGGGAACUAUAAAACACAUUGCUACCAGUGGAGCGCAUACUGCGGCAGUAACAAAAUCAGGCGAGCUUUAUACCUGGGGACGAGAAGAAGGAGAUGGUCGAUUGGGCCUUGGUCCUGGUCGGGGCCCAGAUCAUGCAGGUGGACUUAGUAUCCCUUGCAAAGUAAAAGAGUUACCUUUCCCUGUUGCUGCUGUUUCUUGUGGGGGAUUUUUCACAAUGGCGUUGACAGAGGAAGGACAACUGUGGAACUGGGGAGCAAAUUCUAACUAUGAACUUGGGAGAGGUGAUAAAAUUGGUGGUUGGAAACCAAGACCAGUUCCUAGCCUUGAGAAGGUUCGAAUAAUUCAAAUUGCAAGUGGAGGAUAUCACUCCCUUGCGUUAACAGAUGAUGGCAAAGUACUUUCAUGGGGCCAUGGUGGACAAGGUCAGUUGGGUCACGGAUCUAUCGAAAGCCAGAAGAUACCAACAUUAGUCGAGGCUAUAGCUCAUGAGCAUAUUAUAUAUAUUUCUUGUGGGGGCUCUUUUUCAGCAGCUGUCACAGAUAAAGGAAAGUUAUAUUCGUGGGGAAAUGCCGCAGAUUCGCAAUUGGGAGUUCCUGGACUACCAGCAAUACAAUCCUGCCCUGUUGAAGUCAAUUUUUUAAUGGAAGAUGAUGGAUUGGGACCACACAAGGUUUUAUCAAUUGCAAAUGGCGCAUCACAUGCCAUGUGUUUAGCUUUGAGGGAAAGGGAAAGUUGUUGA